CUCUGCUCUGCUCAUAUAAUAUCAAUAGGGUCACAUUCUUUUUUUCCUUUCAAUCUUUUCCCAUGUUGUUUUGAAAUCUCAUGGCCUGCUUAGACAUGUACAACUCAGAGCAUAAGGGUCAUGGUGGUCAUCAUCCAUUUGCUCCAAUGAGCCCAAGAAUCUCCUUCUCUAAUGAUUUUGCAGAUGCCCAACAUGCCAUCAAGCAUGAAAGGAGCUCCAGAGAAGCUCCAGUUUCCUCAGAUUUUGAGUUCUCAGUGACCAACUAUUCGAUGAUGAGCGCUGAUGAGCUCUUCUGUAAGGGAAGGUUGCUGCCUUUCAAAGACAGCUGCACCAGCAGCAGCAGCAGCAAACAGAUGCAGAGGAGCACUACCACUCUCAGAGAUGAGCUUCUUCAUGGGGAGGAUCAUGAUGAUGAAGUGUCAUCCAGGCCACCAAAGGGGUCAUCAUCAUCAACAAGAUGGAAGGGGCUUCUGGGCAGGAAGAGGGCCCACAUUGGCUCCAAGAAAGCUCACAAGAAUGAUGGGUCUGUGGAUGGUAGGAGUUCUGGUCUUGUGGUGGUGCAUGAGGAACCCCAACAUCAUGUUAAUAAUCAGACUUCACAGGAGGUCUUGAAUGAAGGAGGGUCAAGUUGGAGAGAUGUGGAGAUUGGAAUAUAGAGGCAUUGUUUUAGGGGGGGUGUGGUGAUGAAAUUGUAGAGGUGUGGGAAGUACUUUUUCUUUUUUCCUUUUGGAGGCUUCAGAAAAAGGAGGAUGAUUAUUAUUAUUCUUGUAUUUUUAAUGCUGGUUUUGGUUAAACAUAGAGGUUCUGACUUCUGUUAGUGGCCGGUUAAUCAAAUUAGCCUCUAUAUAUUUUCUGGUGUAUUUUGUUUCA